AUGGCCGUCGACAGCCGUCACCACCCCUACGUCCUAGUCCACCAGAACGAUUCCUAUGUGUCCAUUGUUCCUAUGCACUGCGCCGCGCUGAAGAGCCAGUGUGCUCAUCUUGCGGAUCGACUCCGCGAUAACCUUGGCACUGAUGCUCUUGUUGCUGUGGCGAAAUUGAUUGAUCAGAUUGUGGCUAACUCGUGCUUUUAG